CUGCCGCCCAGCAGCUUUUAGUAUUAUUUCUGCACUGUGCGCGUUGCAAAGUGAAUGAGUAAGUGCGCGGAUUUAACGAUUCGUUCGUUUAGAGAAAUAAAUCGCUGCCGUUUUGCCGCAAAACAAUGUAUCGAAUGCGAAGCGGCAACAUCAUUGCCAUGACUUUGCUAUGCCACGUUGCACUCAACGUUGCAGUAACACCAGCAGCAGCAACACCAGCGACAGCUGCAGCGGUGGCAAUAACGACGAAUGCCAGCGUGGCAAUAACAAAUGCAACAACAAUAACUGUCACAACAACAACAGCAGCAGCAACAGACACAAAUCCGCAAAUCCCAUAUACAGCAAAUCGGAAAAUAAUUCCAAAUACCCCACAAUGGCUAAGAAUGGCAACAGUUGCAGCGCUCGCGUCCGCGUCCCCGUCCGAAGCGGCCCGCAUGUCGACCCCAACCGCGCUGGUUUUAGCCUCGUCUACAGCCUUAAUAUCCACGCUGCCGCCAUUGAGUCAAAGCAAUGCUGCAAAUUACUUCACUUUAGUCGGCAAAUUUAAUCCGGUCGGUGGAGCGUUAUGGACGCGCGCAGCAGAAGUAGCGACGGCAGGAACAGCUGUGAAUGCAGCUGUUGCUGCCACAACGUUUGACAGUAAUCCUAAUACCAACAGUGGAAAUAGCAAAAAUAACCCUACUUUUACCACACCGUUAAAUGUUAGUCAACAUCCUGGCGAGUUGUGCAAUCGUCGUUGCAUGGCUGGCGACAGUCGCAUUUGCUAUUUCAAAUUUACACUAGAACAUUACCAGGUCAUGGGGGUCGCUUGUGGCCGUUGCGCGCUUGGCAUCAUCGCCGAUUGCUUCGCACCGCAAUGCAUCUUGGCCGAUGGCUAUGAAAAAGGUGUGAUGAGCAUUAACCGGCAACUACCCGGUCCAACCAUUCAGGUGUGUCGCGACGAUUUGAUUAUAGUGGAUGUGGCUAACCAAGCGCAUGGCACCGCUGCAGCAAUACAUUGGCAUGGUCAGCAUAUGGUUGCGACCCCCUGGUCGGAUGGUGUACCCUUUGUCACACAAUGCCCCAUACAUUUUGCCAACUCGUUCCGUUACCAUUUUUGGGCCACUGAAGUGGGUACACACUUCUACCACUCGCAUUCAGGGCAUCACAAGGUCAAUGGGCAAUAUGGUGCUCUAAUCGUACGCGAUGACCCAGCUGCUAUGCUCAGCAAAGAUACCUAUGACUUCGAUUUACCCCAACAUUAUAUACUCAUGUCCGACUGGAUGCAUACAUAUGGCGAACAAUAUUUUCCAGGAGAGCCAAGUUCAGCGGGCAUAUUUCCGGAUUCUGUGUUGAUUAAUGGUCGUGGCAUAUAUUAUACCAAAGAGGGUAUACGCGUAUCUUCAGUGGUGCCUCCAAUGCGUUAUUAUGUUCUACCGGGAAAACGCUAUCGUUUCAGGCUUAUAAAUUCGAUAAGUCAUUCGUGUCCAUUUCAAUUGCAGAUCGAACGUCACAACAUGAGUAUCAUUGCUUCCGAUUCGUAUGACCUCAAGCCACGCUACUUCGAUACAAUCAUCUCCAAUGCCGGUGAACGCUACGAUUUCGUUGUAUUCACUAAUCAUACUGAGGGGGAUUACUGGAUUCGUGUGCGUGGCAUGGGUGUUUGUGCCAUUUUGCCGACAGAGUCAUUUGCCCUGCUACGAUAUGUGAGUAAUGAAGCCAACCCGGAAUCUGAUGAUGAGCGUCCAUUGCCACCAAUGCCGUUAUAUAAUGAGACAUAUGUUUCCGGUGUGUACCUCAACCAUCCGAAUGGUAGCUGUGGCGCGAGCGACAAUCACUGCGUUAGCGAACUAGAGGCACGUGAACAGGAUGAAGUACUGCGCACCGCUACACCGGAUCAUCAAUUCUUUCUUGCCUUUCACAAUUUUCCAGUGCCAAAUAGUGAGAUCUUCAGCAAUGGCACCUACGCUCAUUUCGCAAAUCUCCAAAACAAUCUAACUAUUGUGGGCGCUAUCAACAAUUUAAGUUUUGUCUUUCCAAGUUACCCACCGCUAACGCAACCCGAGGCUAUCAACGAUACACAAUUUUGCACUGAACUUGAACGUCCGGCUGCAUGUCGUGGUAAUCGCCUCUGCCCAUGUGUGCAUCGGCUACGUGUCCGACUGGGUAGUAUUGUCGAACUAAUAUUAGUUGAUGAAACGGAAUUGGUCGGUCGCUUGCAUCAUCCAUUUCAUUUGCACGGACAUCGUUUUAUCGUAACUGCCUUGGGACGUGAUACUACUGCAAUGCCAAUGUCUGUUUCGACUGCCAAACGAUUGAAAGUCAGCAACAAUUUGUUGCCACAUAACAGCAACAACACAAGGCCACCAUUUAAGGAUACCGUAUCGAUACCGAGUCGCGGCUAUGCAAUUGUACGCUUUCGAGCUGAAAAUCCAGGCUUCUGGCUAAUGCACUGCCACUAUGAAUGGCAUUUGGCCAUCGGUAUGGGUUUAAUACUGCAAGUGGGCAACACAAGCGAAAUGGUGCCAACACCAAAAGGAUUCCCCAGCUGCGGCAAUUACCUACCCGAACUGAAUGAACUGCAAGGAUUUCGCGCCAAAAAAAGAUAUUUUAUGUAACUAAAGUGAAAAUUAUUAUUACUAUGUGUUAAAUUUUGAUAUUUUAUUG